CCCGGGCGCGCCGCGAGACCGGGCGGGCAACCGCCGGCCUCAAGCGAGGCGCGUGCGCGCGCAACACGCGCACACAACCGAUUGCGGGGCUGGAGGGAGAGACGUAGGGCGCGCGUGCGCGGGGUAGCGCAGUGGAAAAAAAAUCCUCCGGCUGCUGUCGCGUCGGUGCGGGCGCUUGUGAUUAAUCUGCUCUCCUAUUGUUUCUUCUUCAUUAUUACCCCCCCUUUCCCCCCCCAUCCCCUCCCACACCAUCACCACCUGGACCCUCGGCUUUCCUCACCGCUUUGCCCGCCCACCUUUCUUCCUUCCCUCCCUCUCUCCGUCGCCGCUGUGAAGGAUGCCCGAUCAAAUAUCGGUGUCGGAGUUCAUCGCCGAGACGACGGAGGACUACAACUCGCCGACCACGUCCAGCUUCACCACCAAGCUGCUCAACUGCAGGAACACGGCGUCCCUGCUUGAGGAGACGUUAGAUUUGGACAAAAAUGCACUACAAAAAGUAAAGAAGUCAGCAAAAUCAAUAAACACUUCAGGUCAAGAACAUGUGCAAAAUGAAGAGAACUAUGCACAAGCACUAGAUAAAUUUGGUAGUAAUUUUUUAAGUCGUGAUAAUCCAGAUCUUGGCACAGCCUUUGUUAAAUUCUCCACACUCACGAAGGAGCUUUCAACAUUGCUGAAAAAUUUGCUGCAGAAUCAUCAUAAUGUCAUCUUCACUUUGGAUUCGUUAUUGAAAGGAGACCUCAAAGACGUCAAGGGGGACCUGAAGAAGCCUUUUGACAAGGCAUGGAAGGAUUAUGAAACAAAAUUUGCUAAAAUUGAAAAGGAGAAACGAGAACAUGCAAAGCAGCAUGGGAUGAUUCGGACUGAAAUUACAGGAGCUGAAAUAGCAGAAGAAAUGGAAAAGGAGCGACGGGUAUUUCAGCUCCAGAUGUGUGAGUAUCUCAUUAAAGUGAAUGAAAUCAAGACAAAAAAAGGUGUGGAUCUUCUCCAGAAUCUAAUCAAAUAUUAUCAUGCACAAUGCAAUUUCUUUCAGGAUGGCUUAAAAACAGCAGAUAAACUGAAACAAUAUAUUGAGAAACUGGCUGCUGAUUUAUACAACAUUAAGCAAACACAAGAUGAAGAAAAGAAACAGCUUUGCACACUCCGUGAUAUGCUUAAAUCCUCACUGCAGAUUGAACUGAAAGAGGAUUCUCAAAGCAGACAAUCAGGAUACAGUAUGCACCAGCUUCAAGGCAACAAGGAGUAUGGUAGUGAGAAGAAAGGGUAUCUCCUGAAAAAAAGUGAUGGCCUUCGAAAAGUUUGGCAGCGAAGAAAAUGUACUGUCAAGAAUGGCUACCUGACUAUAUCACAUGCAACUACCAACAGGCAACCAGCAAGACUGAAUUUACUGACGUGCCAGGUGAAGCCCACCGCAGAUGAGAAAAAAUGUUUUGACUUAAUAUCACACAACAGAACCUAUCAUUUCCAAGCAGAUGAUGAGCAGGAAUGUCAAGUAUGGAUAUCAGUAUUAACCAACAGCAAAGAGGAAGCAUUAAACAUGGCAUUCAGAGGAGAGCAGACCAGUGGGGAGAACAGCAUAGAGGAUCUAACCAAAGCCAUCAUUGAAGAUGUGCAGCGGAUGCCUGGCAAUGAUAUCUGUUGUGAUUGCGGAGCUCCAGAUCCAACUUGGCUGUCAACCAAUCUAGGAAUUUUGACAUGUAUAGAGUGUUCAGGAAUACACCGAGAAAUGGGAGUACAUAUUUCCAGAAUACAAUCACUAGAACUGGAUAAAUUAGGAACCUCUGAACUCUUGCUGGCCAAGAAUGUAGGAAAUACCAGUUUUAGAAUUCUGGAAGCCAGUCUGCCACAUCCAUCACCAAAGCCUAUUCCACAUAGUGACAUGACAGCGCGUAAAGAAUACAUCCAUGCAAAAUAUGUAGAUCAUAAGUUUGCCAGAAGGUUGUGCAACUCUUCUUCAGCUAAAAUGAAUGAGUUAUUAGAAUCUGUGAAAUCCAGAGACUUACUUGCACUAAUUCAAGUCUAUGCAGAAGGAGUUGAACUAAUGGAGCCACUACCUGAUCUUGGGCAGGAGCCAGGAGAAACAGUGCUUCAUUUAGCAGUGCGAACUGCUGACCGGACUUCACUCCACCUGGUUGACUUUCUUGUACAGAACAGUGGCAAUCUGGACAAACAGACCACAAAAGGAAACACAGCUGUACAUUACUGUUGCAUGUUGGAUAAAGUGGAAUGUUUAAAAUUGCUUCUUCGGGGCAAACCAAGCUUAAACCUAGUAAACCAGAGUGGUGAGACAGCUCUUGAUGUAGCAAAAAGAUUGAAGCGUGCACAGUGUGAAGAACUGAUUAGUCAAGCUGCUUUAGGGAAAGUUAAUCCUCAUGUUCAUGUAGAAUACGAAUGGCAGUUGCGACAAGAAGAGAUUGAUGAAAGUGAUGAUGAUUUGGAUGAAAAGACCAGCCCAAUAAAAAAAGAGCGUUCUCCAAGACCUCAGAGUUUCUGCCAUUCUUCCAGUAUCUCCCCACAAGAUAAGCUAAUGAUUCCAGGGCUUGGCAUAGCACGAGAAAAGCAGCGACUGUCCUAUGGAGCAUUUAGUAAUCAAAUAUAUGGAAGCAGCACUGAUUCUCCAACAUCACCGGCCACUGAUGCCCCUCCUCUGCCUCCUAGGAAUCCAAGUAAAGCUCCACAUGGCCCAGUCCCUCCUUCAGUCCUUCCUGUAGGUCCCCAGGUCACAACUGGCAGCUCCACUCUGUCAAAGAAGAGGCCACCGCCCCCACCCCCUGGACACAAACGAACCUUAUCUGACCCACCAAGCCCGCUACCUCAUGGUCCCCAGAAUAAAGGUCUGAUUCCUUGGGGCACAGAAUCUGGUCCCCCACAGCCAAGUCGAACAGGAAAUAAGUUUGAGGGACUGCCUCAACAACCAAGUACUGGAACUGGAACCACAAAAACUGCCUUAGGCCCUCGAGUACUUCCAAAACUACCUCAAAAGGUGUCGCUGAGAAAGAUUGAUAGUAUUCAUCACAGUUCAGUCGAUAAAUCCAGUUCAGAGACCUUCCAGAAGUUGUCACAUCCAGGGGACCUGCCCCAGAAGCCGCCACCUGGGGACCUGCCCCAGAAGCCGCCGCCUGGAGACCUGCCCCAGAAGCCGCCGCCUGGGGACCUGCCCCAGAAGCCGCCGCCUGGGGACCUGCCCCAGAAGCCGCCGCCAGGGGACCUGCCCCAGAAGCCCAAAGAUCUGCCACCAAAGCCACAGCCAGGAGAAAUCCCACAAAAAUCCCACAUAGAAGUCAUCCAAAAGCCUCAGUCUGGGGAGGUAUGUCAAAAGCCUCAGGCUGAAGAGAUUUCUCCAAAACCACUGACUGGAGACACUCCACAGAAACAGCCAACUGAUGAUACAAAUGAUACAUCGUCCAGUCUGCCUGAGACUCCUGUGCCUCUGCCACGGAAGAUAAAUACAGCGAAGAAUAAAAUCCGACGAGUGAAAACCAUAUAUGACUGCCAAGCAGAUAAUGAUGAUGAACUUACCUUUACUGAGGGAGAGGUAAUAGUUGUAACCGGUGAAGAGGACCAAGAGUGGUGGAUUGGUUACAUCGAGGGGCAGCCUGAAAGAAGUGGCGUCUUUCCAGUCUCCUUUGUGCACAUUUUAUCUGACUAACCACCGAGGAACUCUAGCGUCACAUUCACAAUGGUGGGACCUUCCAUUUGACAUAGUAAAGCGGCUGCAGCUUCCCUAUUCAUGUGCAUACUUUGUACAUAAAUGAUCAAAAAUUCUUUUAUGCUCACCUUAUGAGGUGACUGUAUAAAUACUGUGUUAUUUGCCUUUGCCAGUAUUAUAGUAGCCUUGGAACCUGGCACGCCUUACUUGGUGUACUACAGUCAUCCAUGGCAUCUAGCACUUACUAAUCUUACCUAUGCUGUUGAUGGGAUAUAUCUCCUGCCUGCUUAUCAAAUCAUAAGCAGCCUCAUUUAGUAAUUUAACUAUAUAAGCUUUUAUUCUCGAUAUCAUCUCAGUAUUCUGAAUAAAAAUAAGAGUGGUUUUGCUGAGGAUACAGCCAGGUUUCAGUUUGCACUGAUCCUCUUUGUUCUUCUCUUUCUAACAUGGAUGCUGUGCAUACUGUUCUUAAUGUACUCAUGGAAUUAUGUGAUUUUAAUUGUAAGUGGUCAGACAAAGUUACUUGAGAGUGAAUGAUUGGGGAACUUAUUAAAGUUUACUUUACCUCAUUUUGAGGCGAUAUGUAAAGAAAUCCGUACAAGGAUUUAUUGCCUGUUACAUCAGAUAAGCAAUUUAACAAACUAAGUUGUUCUAAGAGGGCCUUUUGGCAAACCCACUAAAAAUAAAUGAAAAUUAGAGAUUAGAAACUUUUAAGUUUGUUGUUAGUAUUUUAGAGCAGUGCUUGGAUUACCAUUUUAACAGUUAGGUUGUUAAAAAUUUCUGCCUCUUCAGCAUCCAUUCCCACUUAACCUGUUUAUUAGGUUAAAAACACUUAAGUUCUAUCUUGAUCAUCAAUGCAAUUUUAUUAGUUUAAUUUGUAACAGUAAGAUUUGGAAGUCGCUGAAGUACCUGUAUAAUUUUUACAUAUGCUGAUGGAAUUACAGGGCAUAACAGAAGCAAGUCCAAUCUUAACUGUAAAAGAGGGAAUGACAUUUCUUCCUGCCUCGGAGAUCAGUGUCCUGAAGUUGACGCUUAACAGCAGUGGUAUAGGGGAGGCCCUUAAUAGUUGAUGUUUAUUUACAUUUAACUGCAUGUGGUAUAUGAUGCGGGCAGCAGCUGUACAUGGUGAAAGUGUACAGUUAUCAGUUUUAAAUAUUAAAUUGCAUAUGUUUACAUACAUGGAAUUGUGCAUCAAUGAUGUACUAUCUUUGUUAGCUGAAGAUACCAUUCCAAAAUCUGUUUAUUUCUCCUUCCUUUCUCCUAUUAUCAAAGUACGUAUUAUACAUGGAAACCGUAAAGUGCAGUGUUUCACUGUAAGAAAGACAUGAAAGCUGUUGUUCAUGUUACAUCACAUGAAACAUACUUUACCUGUGAAUGUAUUAAAUCAAUCAUUGUAUGGAUAAUUAACCAUUUGGGGAUUGGGAGACAAGUGAGAGAUUUUAAUUUUUCUUUUUAAACAUACCUACAUAUUCAACCUGGUUACUUGUGCUCUGUGAUAGAGAAUAAAUUGCAUUAUUUGCACAAAUCUUGAACUGCUUGGGGAACAAAGUGACAGUGGAUCUUGGGUUGCUUAAGGCUUUAAGAACUAUACACCUUCAUAUUCAUUAUUGAUAAUCAGUUAUUCCAACUUGAAUUAGGGACCAAAAAAUAAAACAGAAUUCUGAAGAGGUCUGCUUACAUUUCCAAGAGAAAGGGUAGGUCUUGGUAUUUCUUAAAAGAAUUCAGUUAAUGUGGGGUUAAACUCAACUCUAAAUGAUAACUGUUCUUUAAAAAGGAUGUAAUUUAAUUCUUAAGGUACAUAUUUCUGUAAGUAGAUUUAGAUGAAAAGGAAUAAAAACUUAAAUAGAAUAAGAUGUGUUACCUCUGAGACAAGACUUCUCGCCUGGUGCUGCAUUGGUCUUGAAUUAUGUUAAACAGUUGCCAUUACACUUCCCAUAUUCAUUUCUCACAAAUAUUCAUGUCUACCGAAUAAGCGGCUGGGUCCCAAUUUCCCCUCCCACCUCCCCCCUCCCCCCCAGCAAUCUGAAAUAUUCUGUCCCUGAUAGUUGUGAACGAGCUAAUGAGCUAUUGAUGGUAGAUGUUGUGAUGUAUCCAUUACAAACAACUACAUGAGAUACUGGUUCAGAUUGGCAGAGUUUGGUUUUCUAGAGCUUUUCAUAUAAACCAUUGUGCGUAAUAAUGGACAGCUGAAGUUUAAUAUGGUCAAGCAUAUUCAGAAAGUUGAAUUGACUAUGCAUUGUGCUUAAAGCCAAUGUGGUUAAUGAUUCAAAUGGAUUUAUUUCAUUUUAAAACUGUUACAUGAUUACUUAUAAUUUUAUAUGAAUGAUAAACAACUGCCUAGUUCUUUCAUUAAUGUAUCCCUUUAUCCUGGAUUAGGCUCCCUUAAAAAUAUAUCAUGUAAAUCAGCUGGUACUAUCAACCUACUGGAUGUAAAGGUGUACAGUAUGACUGCAGCUUACCAUAUCAUGUAUUUGCAGUUUUUUUUAAUUAUGUACAAGAAUUGCUGUGGGAAGAUAUUUUAAGAAGCAAAAUUGUUUGUGUUCAGAUAUUAUAUUGCAACAUAAAAUCCUGUGACAUGUUCCAAACUGAAUGUAGUUAUUUUCUCUCAUUCCUUCCAUCAAAAUUAGUAAGUAUUUAACAUGAAUGCUGCUUUCUCCAUAUGUUCAGUACCCAGUGUCAUUUACAAAAGUCGGUCACGCAAGUGUAAAAACAGCAGUUGAAAUCAGUCAUGGUUAACCUGAUUAUUUAAAUUGUAUGGUAUAUCAGGAGUAUCAUCAUAAAACUAAUCAACAACAUUAUGUAUGGUCAAUAUUCAGAUAAGGGAGGAAAGUAGUAUAGGUUUAAACAAAUAUUUGAAUGGUACUGUAGCUACAAUUCAGGUUUACUUAAAAUUGCACUUGUUAAUUGGUAGCUGGAACUACUAUAUAAUCAAAAUGUACACUAUCAGUCUUGCUGACAUGGAACUACCAAUGACAUGUCGUACAUAAACAACUGAACUCUUUAACUUUGUGAAAAAUGUAAUAUCAUUCGUUGAUUUUUCUCAGCCAUCUGGAAUCAGGAAUACGACCAACAAGAGAAAGAAAUAAUUCAUUCUGGUUUGCCAUAUAAAUAAAUCAUUGUCCUCUCAAUGUGAGUGUUCAGGUCAACAUUAAAAACUAAAGCACAGCACUAAUCAACUUUGACCCUGAUGUUAACAAUUGAACAAAUAGGGAUUUAAUAUUAAAAGCUCCCAAACACUUGAUAGUGAAUUUGCACAUUGCUUUUAUUAUAUACUUCAGAUACUAGAUAAACAUUGUUCAAAUUACUUAAACUGUAAAAUAUUAAAGUGAAAAUCAACACAAGGAUUGUCUUGAUUAAUGUGAGCACUCAGCAAUCCUUCUGGAUUACAGAACGGUAUCUGCUCCUGAAUAUUCUAUUCAACUAUUUCAAUUUGCAGAAAACAGACUGGGCCUGCAAUUUCCCAAAGCAUGCUUAUAGUUAUCCUCAAUAAAGAUCAUAAAAUCAAUCCUACUGUAUAAUAUGUUAUGCACUUUGUGGUAUUUACCUGAUAUCAAUGGCCUUGUUUUUUUAUGCAAUUCUCUAUUGCUAAAUUGUAUCUAACUUCAGUUUAAAUAAUGAGAUAUACUCAAGAUCAUUUAAAUUCCCUCUCCUUUUCAAUCACUAGAAUACAGUUAAAGGCUAUUAUGAGUUUGGUGUCUGUUUAUGUGCAACAAGCUAUUGAUAAAAUGGUUAAAAAUACCUUUGCUAUGCCAGUUUAAGGAGGUGCCUUAAGAUAGCUCAGUUUCUUCCAUGCAUUUAAAUAAAGCUGAUAAUCUUGUAUCUCAAGCUGGACCUAUUUGAAUGUUUACAAACUGAGCUCAAAAUGAAAGUUAAAAUCUUGAUUCACUGGAUUUGCCUUA